AUGAAACGUAUCAAGCCUGGCUUGCAUGUGUGUUCGUUCACACCGCGACAAGUUGGCCUACAUCUGGUUGAUGUAUUCGUCAAUGGUGUUCUCUUGCCAGAGUGCCCAUACGAAUGUGUUGUAAAUGAUUCGGGAACCGUACGAGCGCAUGGUGACGCAUUAACACGUGCGCAGCGUGGCAAAAUAGCUCGGUUUGAAGUUUCGAUGGCUGAUACGGGACGCGGUGAAUUGGACGUUGUGAUUUCAGACUCACGUGGUGGUCCGUUACCGGUUCGUUGCUACAAACAACAUGAUGAUAGUUAUUGGGUUGAAUUUACGCCCGAAACUAUUGGUAAGAGUUUUUCUGGAAUGAAAAUUUUUAUGAAUUUUGCUACUCUGACAAUAGAAGGCAAAUCAGCUAUGAUUAAUUUUGAGGCAAGUUUUGGGUAG